UAGUAAUGAUAUUCACUCUUGACUCUGGAUGUUAUUUUUUGUGGUUAGGAUUAGGAUUAUUUUAGGUUAGGUCUCCACCACAAAACACGUGACAGCUGUCAAUUGCCAUUGGCGGUAUGGGGAGGAGUAGUGAUGGGGUAUCAGUAUCUACAUAAUCUACCGGUUUCUAUAGCGGAUCCUAUAGUCUUAUGCCGCUGACUCAUUUUUGUCUUGUUCUGGUAUUUGUUACAGACGUGGAAUUAUUCAGUCAUCUUCUUUAACGUUUUGACCGCCUCCUAAUUUCCACAUUCAAUUCUUGUCAUACACGUCACCACACGUCACGAGUAUGUUCUUACUUGAUGUUUUGUGACGAAUUGUUUGAUUUGUCUUGAAAAGUGAAUUGUCUGAUUUAUUUCGUCAUUUGUGUUUUUUUUCUUCGUGGUAAGAGGACAAAGUAUGGUUAAUGACUAGUUAAUCAUCCUGUGGUUAUCUGUUUACUUUUUGUGCGAUAAUCUAGAUUCCAACGUGAGUUUUGCAAUUUAGAUCAUCUUAGGAAUACCAUUCCAUGCGGAACAUUUUUUGAUAAUGUCUUUGGAAUGUUAAAUUCUGCGGAUACAUCUGCUGAUGAGAACUCUACUGGUCGCCCAGCCGCAUUAGUGGAAAUAGUAAUUAUACCUUUUGCCUGACUAGGAUAUCCUGAAAAACUAGCUGUCGGUUCAUUCAAAAAUAAGAGUGAACUUUGAUUUUUACUUUUGUCAGCUGUCAUUGCAUUUUAUAUCAAAAAUGUCUGAAGAUGGGAUGUCUGAUGGAUUCGAGGAACCCGCUAUGGAAAUACAGAUCAAAACAUUAAUGGGAACCACCUUUGAUAUCAAGGUCUCUUCCAUGGACACCAUAGAGGACAUCAAAAAGAAAAUUUAUCGCAUAGAGGGCAUCCCGAUAUACCAGCAGAGCUUGAUCUUCCAAUCUCGCGAGAUGAAGGACAGCCUUCGUCUGGGCGACGUCGGUAUCAGGCAGGGAUCCACGCUCACUCUGAUUACGCUGAUGAGGGGCGGGCCCAUAUCGACCAGGAGACUUUCAGUCGCGUGUGAACACCACGUCAUGCUCAAGGAGCUCAAGGAGAUUUUGGAGAACACCAGAGAAGAAAUUUCUCCUGGCUCCAAAGUGUCCGUGUUGGUGUUCAAAGAAGGUGACGUGAUCAAUCUGCUGAGGGUGAUAGAGAACGAAGAUGGCUCCUAUUCGCCGUAUAGUGAGAAACCAAUCUCGCCGCCGGCCAAACCUUCGAGGAAAGAGUCGCGGAUGGAUCUCUUCGAAAAGCUGGUCGAGGACAACGAAAUGUCCAACAAACUGGCCAAUCUGCGUCAAAAAAUGGACGAGGUACAUAUACGGAAAACGAACAGCAGUAAAAAGAAUGCAAACAAAUCAUCAGCUGGUGAUGAUGAUACGUUAAACGGAUCGAGUUGUUCCAGUAGCAGUUCUUCGAGCGGCGCUAGUUGUAGUAGUAGUAAAAGUAAUAAUAGUAAAUUGUUGGCCUUCAAGUUUUUGUCGCAGUGCGACACUGACCUCCUCGAUAAUGUCGACCUCAAGAUAUUCGAGAGGGAGGAGAACGAGGAAGAGAUCGCUCUAAAAGACAAGCAUAGAUCGAAUUUACACAAAUUGGCCAAGACGAAAAUGAAGUCAUUGUACAGCGAAUCUAAGGGCGCGUACAGCCACACUAAACAAAGUUACGCGCGGAUGCACAAAAAAUCCAGAGACAUACAUACCCUUCCGAGCUCAUUAUCUGCUGCCGGUUCGGCGCUCGCCGAGGACGAAGACGAAAACGACGUUGGCGGUGACUGCGCUAGCCUGGGAGCGGCGUUCGAAGAAGACGUCGCGUUCGGCGAGACGACGGUAGCAGGGGCGGCGUCUGCGUCCGCGGCCGCCCCCAAUAGGAUUCAUCUCGCGCGGCUGGUACUGGCGGAGGCGGCGGCCGACAGGCAGACUGGAUCGCCGAAUAGUAUAGAACUCGAAGAGAACGCCCAGGAAGUCUGGGAGAUCCACGAAUCGGCCGGCGACCGCCUAAAACGCAGCGCGACUUGCAAGCUAGGUCUGCUGAAACGGCGCCAAAGCCUCGAGUACGGUUUCGAGGCGGGCAUCGAGAACCCCGCGGCGGGAACGGCCGCGACGGCGUGCGAGAGCAGCAGCGAGUUCCGCGUGUGCUCCGGCAACCUGUACCAUCACCACAGGGUGCCGCAGCUGGCCGGGGCUGCGGGCACGACGACGGCCGGCGGUUGCGGCGGCGGGGGCAGAGGACGCGGGAGCGGCAGCCAGGAACACCACGCCGCCGGCCUGUGCGAUUAUUAUUUCGCGAAGCAGGAGCGAUCGCCACUCUAUGGUAGAGGCGGUGGCGGCAAAGGUGAAUCGGAAAAAGAUGACAGAAGAGCAGGAUUUGUUGGAGAAGAGGAAUCGUCGUCGAUCAAAAACAGUUUCUUGAGCGACUGUUCCGGUAUACAGAGACUGAAAAACGAUAGUGCCACAGACUGUGACGGUAUAUUCUCCGUUCACGACCAAAAUAUCGACGAAUUGUACGGAUAUUAUAAUUUAGGUUGUUCAGCUGACUUGUUAGGCGAACGAUUAUUAGACACUCCAGUGAAGAGGGAAAAGAAAUUAGAAGAACUACCGCCUGUGAUAAAGAAGAAAGCUAGGUGUAACGAAUGCAAUAAGCGACUGAAUAUAACCAAUAUAUACGAUUGUAGGUGCGGGAAAAUAUUUUGCUCUCAGCACAGGUACUCGGAAGUGCACCGGUGUAGUUACGACUAUAAGCUAGAAGGUCGGAAAAUACUAGAAAAACAAAAUCCGUUGGUGACGGCCGAGAAAAUUAGCAGAAUAUAAUAAUCCGAGUACCUGUUAGGUGAAGAGGCGACAGCGUGCGUUCACCGUACUUACAAAGUAAAAUGAGUAAUACGUGUGUGAUUUUUUUUCUUUUUUUUAGCGUGAACUGCGAUCGUUUUGGUUUUUUGUUGCUUCUUUGCCCGCCACCGCAGACGAUAUGUGACGACACAGCUACGCCCGCCAUUUUGGCCGUGCAGGACAGAGAUUUGGUUUUAUUUCUCUGCUCUAAAAGAGACCAUACAAACGAAACUGGCUGUUUGAAAAUGUUAGAUCGUUUUUAAAUACGAGGGUUGUUUCAACAAUAAGGUUCCCACAUUUUUUUCAGACGCAAGGAAUUUUGUAUUAGAAAAAAAGAACUCACCAUUGGAAACGUUGAUCUUUAAGCUAUUUUUUUACAUUGUCGCCAUUUUUUUCCACGCAUUUUUUCAGACGUGAAAUCCACUCCCGUAACUUGGUAACUGCUUCUUGCUACUCGUCCUCCGUCUCGCAUCGUUGAACGCCUAAGUGCUCCUUCAAUUUCGAAAACGAAAAACACCGUUGCCAUGAUUUUUCCCGCCGACAGCGUCUGCUUAAACUUCAUCGGUUUAGGCGAAUCAGCGUGUUUCCGUUGGCGACGGUGUUGUUUUGUUCUCGGAGCCACGUAAUUGCACCACCACGUUUCCAAGAAGUCUUCGCGCACAGCCUUGUAGCCUCAGUUUCCUUUGCCAAUUGAAGCUUCAGAAGCCUCUAUAAUUUCAACAGCCAGUUCCCGGAUCAUGAUUCGCCGAUCUUCGUCACAACUCGGAGAUCCACGGCCUCGUGCAUUGCGCAUGGCUAUCGAUCCGGUACUGAGGCGUUCGUUGUUGGGAUCGGUGGUCGGGAGCCGGCAAACGCGACGGUGUUGCCAGAUUUUUAAGACAAUCGUCGUACUUGAUUCUAACAGGCGGUCAUUUUUUGGAGGACAUUUUUGAUUGCCGCCUUUUUUUAAUUUGAAUUUUUGAACCGAUCGACUUAAUUACGGAACUGAGUCUUGCGGCUGAAAGGAAUUGAGGUCCGACUGUUUUAUUUCGUAAUUUGCGAUUCUCUAUUCGAUAAACGAUGAUCGCGAUGAUGUGGGAUGUUUGACAGCAGCUGCUAUGUAAUUUGAAUAAUUUUCACGAAACGUAAACGGCAACUUAGUCUAAUCGUAUUAGACGAAAAUACCCCUGUAAAGUCUGGUUGUAUUGCUGCAAGUUAUUCGAUGGGGUAUUCAAAGCAUGGACGCAUAAAAUGGGCACACCAGUUUUUGUGCGAAAACUUUUUAUUCGAGAACAAAGAAUGAGAAAACGUGGUUUUUUGGGAUUCAAUCGAAAAUGUUGACAGUAACCAAAAAAAUUUUCAUAUAAGAUUUUUAGGUAUUUAUCCGUCGAUGGUUUCUCGCAGAUAUUUGAAAUUCCUCAAAUUCGCAGGAUUCGUACUACUAAAUAACCACAACAAAAUUGGAGUAGAUUGGUCAAGUAGUUGUUGAGAAUUCCUAAUUGUUUAUCCCAAAACACCUUUUUUCCGGCCAUCUCUACUAGUUUAUUGAGCAAUAUAUAGAGUUAGUUCAAAGGUCAUUUUAUAGCAAAAUACACUAGUUUACCGUGCCAAUAUGAAUCGCAAACCAUUCCGAAAGAUAAAUGUUAUUUUUAUCCAAAAAAGGAUCGGUUACGUUUUUCCUUCUAAACAAAUUCAAAAAUUUCGUAUUUGAAAAGAUAAUAGACACAUCCGCUUUGAUUUCGAAUAUCGUAGCGCAUUUGUUCAAUUACCCACAAAUUCGAAAUGUUUGAAUUUGUUUAGAAGAAAAAACAUACCCUUCGUUUUUCACAUAAAAAUAACAUUUAUCUUUCGGAAUGGUUUGCGAUUCAUAUCGGCAAGGUAAACACGUGUAUUUUGCUAUAUAACGAACCCUCUAUAUUGUUCAACAAACUAGUAGUGAUGGCCGAAAAACAGGUGUCUUGGGAUAGACACUUAGGAAUUCUCAAAAAAAUACUUGACCAAUAUACUUCGAAUUUGAAGAAUCUCAAGUAGUUGCGUGAAAUUAUCGUCGCAUUACCGACAUGUGCCAAAACCUGCUUUUGCCUCGUUUUAUGGCCAUACCCUUUUUGCUAUUAGUCGGGUCCUUUUACGUGUGGUCUCAUAAAUACCUAAAAAUAUUAUUUAAAGAGUUUUUUGGUCCCUGACAACACCCUCGAUUGAAUCCCAGAAAACACGUUUUUUCAAUAUUUGUUGUCGAAUAAAAAGUUUCCCCGCAAAAUUUGGUGUACCCCCUUAAACAACUUGCACCAAUAAAACCAGUCUUUACAAUUAUUUCGGAAAUUUGCUAAUUUGAUUAGACUAACUCUUAUUGUAAUGCUAAUUGUGUACUAAGUGUAGUGAAAAGAACAAUUUCUAAAAAACUUCUUUUCGGAUGGGGGGGGGGGGGUUUAGAAUAAAAGCGUGACAGGCUAACGUUUUUUUGUUUGUUUUAAAUUUCGAUAUAUUUUAUUUGUAUACCAUUUAAUCAUUUUAUUCUGUAAUUAUAGUGAUGUUGCUGUCGCCUCUUAGACUAUGUCUAUCCUGUUUUUACAAUAAAAAAAAAAUGUAUAUGCUGUAUUGUCGAUAAAAAUAUAAUAACUAUUUACAAUUUGCUGUUGGGUUUUUUGUAAUAUAUUUCCUUAACAGUUGACUAUUAAAAAUGUAUGAUUUAAUAUAUGCUAAU